AUGCGUCAUAUCCUUUUUUAUUGUCUCUCUCUUUUUUUUUUUUUUUCGUUCUUUAUUCCUAAACCACCACCACCAACAACAAAAACAAAAGUAGAAUACAUGUACUAUCCGUACGGCGGCGCACAGCAGCAGCAGCAGCUGUUGGAUCAGCAGCAGCAGAACUAUUAUUAUUAUCCACAGGGCCAGCAGGAGCAGGCGGGAGUUCCCCCCACAUCAUGGCAACAGUACACAAACCCGCAGCAUGGCGGUGCCCCGCCCGCUGCUCCGGCUGGUGCCAUGCACAACGGAGUACAAUUGCCUGGCCAGUAUCAUGAUCCCUACGUAUCUGCAACACCGAACGGUGUGCAGAGCUAUAGCAAUUACUAUCCCACACCCAACUAUCCACAACAACAACAACAACAACAGCCGCUGCCACCACCACCACCCGCACCACAGAUGCAUCCGCAACAGCCACAGCUUCCCCAACAGCAGGUGCAGCAGUACCCACAUCAGGAUGCUACUACUACUACGACUGAUGCGACGACGACGAACAAUGCCGCGGCAUCUGCUUCGUUAAUUUCCUCGACAGGAGCCAUCCCCUUUGCGAAUUCUCAGACAGAUGCUAGUGGUAUGCAACUUCCGACACAGCAGCAUGCCUACCAAGCGCAACAGCGCCAGCAGACGGGAGCGUUUCCUUCUGGCAAUUAUCCCAGACAACAAGAGCAAUGCAACUCAGUUGUCGGAAGGUGCGCUCGUCCCCCGCCAAGACGCAGCGUGGAUUUAAAAAGUGCACCAAACCCACGCCGUGACAUUUCCCAAAAACCAGGUAAUCAGGAGAUUCAGACUUCUUCAGGUCAGUUGCCGCUAAGUGCCACGGGAUUUCUUGCCGUUGAUGACGGAAAUGCGAGUCCAAAGUUUUUCCGACCCACCACAAACUCUGUUCCCGCCGAGGAGCGCCUUGUUAAGGACAGUAAGAUAUUUUUUGGAGCCGUUCUGGCCCCACUUUGCCGGCCGCUGUAUCCACGCGAGGAAGUUCCCCUUGUUGAAGGCCGGCCACCUGUGCGAUGCUUUCGUUGCCGUGCUUACAUUUCAUGCCACGCACGCUUUGUGGAUAUGGGCCGGUGUUGGGUGUGCCCCUUCUGUAACAUGGCGAACGAGGUGGAGAAUGAAUAUUUUUGUAACUUGGAUGCACGUAACCAACGGUUGGAUCGGGCGGAGAGACCGGAGUUGAGCCGAGGCAGCGUGGAGUAUGAUGUUGGUCCCUACCCAGAUUACGCACUCCGUGAUGAGAAGGACGCACCGAUUCCGGCGAGACCGUUGCACUAUUUAUUUCUGCUGGACGUAUCUCAAAAAGCAGUCUCCAGUUUUCUUCCUGAUUACGUGGAUGCUUUGAUGCAUUCUCUGCACGAGAUGGCCCAACAGUAUCCUCAGUGCCGUGUGGCCUUCAUUACAUACGCAUCUACGCUACAAUUUUACAAUGUUCGUCACCCGCGAAUGCCGCAGUUGAUUGUUGCCGAUGUGGACAAUCCAUUUGUUCCAUUACCUUUUACGAGCCUCUGCUGGCUGACACUAGGCACCGAACUGGACCUUGUAGAUACCUUUUUGAUGCGUCUUAUGGAGU